AUGGCGUAUGGUGUAGGAACUGUUUUCCUACCAAUGAUUAGGAGAUUCUUGGUCGUUACUAUCGCGCUGGAAAUCGGAUACAUCACCUACGAUUGUGUUAUAAAACCCACAGCAAAAUCAGUAAAUCGUGCUCUAUUCCCAUCUGUACCAAAAAAACCUAAAUCGCAUAUCUUGUGCCAAACUAACCAUUAUUCUAGUUUUACACAGAGCAACACAAACAUUUCAAACAUUAUAACGCAGUUUAAUAAUUUUAAACCACUAUUAAAUCAUUAUCCAAUUACCCCAAAACAUACACAAAUGAUUAGAGAAGAGAAAAAGAGUAUAAAAGAAAGCAUGAACGGAUUAAUAAAUCAUUUGGAAGAAUUGGAUUUGGAAAGUCUGUACCAAAUUCUCACCAACUGCCAUAACAUUUCACACAAACUUGUUCACACUCCAUUCAACCAGAAGCUCAUAAAAGCAAUUUCUAGCCAAAUUUUGAACCAAGAACCUAAGGAAAACACGGUAAGCCAAAGCUUAAAUGAAAGAGAACUACUUUUUAAACUAUUCAUAUCAAUUUCUACAUUAAACAAGCAGAACGGUUUACAUGAAGAGCUGAGGGUUAAUUUUGAUGGAUUGUAUCAUUUAUUAAAUAAACAUUUGAGUUAUUAUAUCAUCGAACAGCUCAUUGAAUUGUUAAUAAGUCUCGGCAAUAUUUAUGUUAAGACUAAUUUGGAAGGAAUUAAAUCACUAAACCAGAAAAUAGUUUACCUGUUAUGUGAUAAAAUCGAUAAGUCUAACACUAAACCUUCACUUUACACAUUCAUUCAAAUUAUAAAAUCAAUCUCAAAAUCAAACCUAAACCACUUAAUUAAACUCAUUUCACCCUUUAUUAAUCCAAACAAUCUAGUUGAUGUUGGGAACAACGAUGAUAUGAGGUUGGAAUAUAAGUUGACCAAGUUGAAUGUACACUUGCUGACAAUAUUAUUACAAACUAAUUAUAUUGAUUUUCCAUUGUUUAACUCAAUAAUAGGCCGUGUUAACAGCUUUUUAUUGAGGUAUUAUAAGGAUACUUCAAUUAAUCCGCUUAGUACUGAGAUUACCAUUAACCAAUAUAAUGUAGAGAAUAAAUUUGUGAAUAAUCUGUUAUACCCACAGUGUACCAAUAAACUAUUCAGGAUACCUCAGGAACAAACUUCAAAAUCUGAUCACAGGAUGGAAAGUUUAGAUUACAUACUAAUAUCAAGUGUGAAUAAGUUGAUGAUUAAUGGUAAGUUGGCGUUUGUUAGGGGUUUAAAGUUGUGUGAAAUGUACUUUACUACACUUUACCCUCAGGAGUACUCACAACUCACUAGUGACCUUUCUUACCUAAAACUUCUCAACUAUACCAAUGACAAGGAAUAUCUGAUCACUAGCAAUUUGUUGGAAAAGAAUAGGAAGUUGAUAGAGUCACAGCUAGGAGCCCCCAAAAACCUAAUCGUUGUCAGGGUUGGGAUUUAUUAUAUAAUUGCAUUGGAUCCUGAGCGGAAGUUAUACAUUGAAAUGGUUCCCAAAGAUGAUAAAUUAACAAUUCAAUUGGCGUUUCGAAGAAAGUAUUUACACUCAAAUGGCUGGAACCCUAUAAGCAUCCAGCAGUAA